GUUAUAAAACACCACUCUAUAAUAAGUCAGAUAUAUCAUAACAAGAGCAUCGACAAUAAAUCACGAUCAGAGGAAGUUCUUCAACACAAGAGUUUGAACAUGUCGUCGAGGCCAGCAUCAAAAACAUGGGGUGGAAAAGAGUUCUGGGGCAUGAGUUGGGAGUACGAUCCACAAUGGCUACUUAAUGAGGAACAAAGACAAAUCCAAGCCAAACUGAUUGAAACUUGUAGGACUGUGAUCAGACCAAACGCAGUAAGUUAUUUUAAUUUUUUCUCGUUUUAAGACUACUGUAAAGACAAGUGUGAGAUUGGAAAUAACUUGAUGUCCAGAGAAAAGGUUUCUCCUGUUUGGAACCAGCUCCAUGGCUGGGACAAAGAGAAUCCUCUCUCCCCAACUGAGAGCCUUUUCGGGUAUGUAUCCUUUUUGAUGAAAAAAAAAAUUUUUGAUCUUCUAAAAAUCAUGAUAAGCGGACUUUUUAGUUCAGUAGAAUAAUUUCACUUGCAAAAGAUUUUAAGAUACAAACAACAUCCAACGUUCGGAUAUCAUCGAGGGAUUUCUCAUCGUUUUUGCUCAAGGUAUUAAAAGGAGCUGUUGACAAAGCCUCGGUUUGGUGAUUCAAAAAGAUCAAAGAAAACCACAUUAAAGGACCCAAAUAACUGAUUUGAAAUAUUAUCAUUAUGCGAAAUAAUGUACUAUCUUAACCUAAAGUUUCUUUCUUCAGCCUUAUGCGUUCAUUUUUGUAAUAGUGUUUUAGUUUGAGUUGUACUUCCUCAAAACAAAACAAACAAACAUUCUUUUAUUGUGACCUUCUGGAAGGAUGUUCCAAAGGUUCUGCCAACAUAACAUCGAGAUUAAAUUUCGACUCGGAUGUUCAACUUCCUAGAGUAUUUAGGUCCCAUGUUGAAAUGUUAUUCUUGCAAUCCAACCUGGAGUCUUUUUUUCAUCAUAAAUAAUAUCUACAAACAGUUCUAUGAGUAUUUGUUUUAAAUUCUUGCACGUGCUUUUACUUACGGGAGGUAUCAUUUGGGUAUGAGGUUAAAAAGUCUUCAAAUUCUUGUGGGUAUGGUCGAAGACCAUGCAUGUAAAUCGAUUUGUAACCUGUAAAGACUAAAGCAGGCGCAUGCUACGUACGCAAGCUAAAAGACCUUAUUCACGACACUCACCAUCUUUGCACACGCUUUAGGGUUGACGAGAUAGAAGCAAUGUCACAUGGUAUUUCAGGGGGCAAACACGUGAUAAAACUUGCCAAUAUAUACGAGCCGAAUGGCGAUCGAUUCUGUAUCGGUCAUGAUAAUGCAAAAUGGACAGUUUGAGUUUCACCGAGUAUUAUGUCAAUAUUGCACAUGCCCUGUGAGGACAUUUACGGUAGCUAAUGCUUCCAAAACAGUAAAAAAUUAUAGAGUUCUAAAGUUCUAAAGUGUUUUGAAAGAACAACAUCUGAAAGGCCUACUUGCCAAAUACUAGCAUUGUGGGGCAAAUUGUCUCGGAGAUACUAGUCCCGUUUUGCUUUGAUGACUCCAUACAAAUCCUUAGUAAAUAUGACUCGGUUCCUAAUGUUAUGAACUGAGUCAAAUUUAGAAGAAUUUGUAGGUGUCAUCAGAGCAUAACUGGGCUAAUGUUUCACAGACAAUUUGCCGUGGAAUGCUAAUUUUUGGCAAGUAGGCCUUUUGGAUGAUGUUCUUUUAUAAUACCCCGAAAAAUCCCAUAAUUUCACAAAUUCAUUCUUUUACGACGUCCCACUGCAGAAUAAAGAAAUUAACUACAAAAACUGUCGACGAAGAUCCUGCUGGUUGUCAACGUUGGAUCUCUAGAAAAGAGAUCUAAUCAGGUAAAAUAUUAGCAAUAAAAAACGAGAAGUCCAAAGACUACAACAAAGCUGAUAUUCGAACUCUGUAAUGAUCACUUCCACCCACUGCUUGCCGUUAUCGUCUUUAAGCUGUUGUCUAGAAUAAACGAGCUCGUCCGCAAUUUCCUGAAUGGGCAAAUUUUCAUUGCCCUCUGAGAAACUACGUGACAUUGCCGCGCGUGCAACGAUGGCGGGUACUUAGCCCACGGAUACAGCCGUCACUGCCACUCGAUUAGCCGCAAGAAGAAUUAAAACGGCUGCAUUUGCAGGCUAGCGGGAAUAGGAAUCGUAAAUAAGGUCUAUCGAUUUGAAACGUUUGCGCCAGAGAGCAGACUUUCAGUUAGUGAAGUGGGCGUAUUGCGGUUUGCCGUUUUAAGCCUUUUUCCAGACUGGUUAUAAUCCCGGGGGGGGGGGGUACUCCCUUAUAAGGGCUUAAUGGGGACGUGCAGCCAGCCAGGGUAUGUUUUUCGGGAUUUUUGUCUUAAACAGGGUAUCGAAUUUAUCAUUUUUUGUCUUAAUCAGGGUAUCGAUUUAUCAAUUUUUGUCUUAAACAGGAUAAAUGUCUUAAACAGGGUAUCAAAAAUCGGAAUUCUGUCUUAAACAGGGUAAGAAAAUCAGCGAUAUUUGUCUUAAGCAGGGUCAGGGUAUGAGGGGCCGUGCCGCACCUCCCCACCCAGGGAUAUAUCGAGUACCCCCCCGGGUUAUAAUACGCUCUUAAAAUUCGCGACCAUAAUUAUCCAAGUGAUUGUUGUCGGUUUUCCCCGCAGGCUCUGCCUUUUGUGACCCCAAUUAAACGUUUGUUUUUUCUGUUUUUAUUUAAUAUCGACAAGAAAAACCUGGUCUUUAGGAUCUCAAUAUUUUCUACUGUUUAGGAUUCAUACGCAUGGGUGUUUAUUCGUUUAUUCAGUUUGUGAUUAGUGGUAUACCACACAUGUAAACAGGGCAUAUGUACAAAGUCCUGUUAAAGACUCACAAGACGCUUACGUGAUAGUGAAAUUAUAUACUAUAAAACGUUAUCCCCCUAAAUUACCACUUUGCCGGCGGCACAUAAUUAAUACCCGGUCUCCCCGGGCCUGUAUGUAGAUGAAACCUUUGGUAUUACGAAUGAUAUUCUUGCCCCUGUUAUAAAAGAAUGCACGAAACAGGAUCGGAUAGUCGAUAUAUCGCACCUUCGAUAUAAAAUGAACAAUCUUCCCAGUUCCUUUGGCAGUUCAUUUCUUUUUGGGUUUCUCCCUGUCAGUGACAUAAUGGUACGCCAGCCUGCGCCACAGACGGGGAUUAGAGUGCAUUUGCGACGCAGGCUUGCCUAUUUCUACGGAAGCGUUAUUCUACAAAUAACCGACUCAAAAUAACAGGCCGAGAUUGCACGUUCAUGCAAAGGACUGGUUAUUUUUCAAACGUGGCAGAACUUCUAUUGUUUGUGAACGUGUAUGUAUCAAGACGGAAUCCACCAGGAAAUUGAGUAAUUUUAACUAAUUCAGUGGACAAUGAACCUUGUACCAGAAUAAUAGCAGAAAGAAAACCGUGUACCAGUAUAAUUAAAAGCAUAUUGCAUUCUUUUUUUACAUUUUUCAAGGGCUAAUAACACCAAGAAAAUUUCUCAAGGAAGUACGAGAAAAUGAAUGCCAAAUUUCACGAGAAAUGGGAAAACACAGGUAAAAUUCUGAAAAUUUCAUGGGUAAGAUGUAAUUUUGUGAAAUUUGACAUUUAUAUUCUUGGACUCCCAUAAGAAAUCUUCUUUGGUGUUAUUACAAAUGACUAAUUACAUCUUCAGCCCUUGAAAAAUGCAAAAAAGAAUGCAAUAUGCUUUUACUGUAAUUAUUCUGGUACACGGUUUUUGUCCACUAAAAACUAAAAUUAUUCAGUUUCCUGGUGGAUUCCUUCUUAAAUAUAAUUAACCCUUCACUCCAAACGAAUGCCCGCGUCAGGCGCUUUUUGUCCCCGGCUUUUCAUCCCUGAAGCUAGAGAUACAGGUACAGCAAGAGCGUGCCUUAAGUCACGACUUUCAGAUUUGACGAGUGUAAGAUCACUAAUUAGAACUCCACUCACGGAUUACACAAACCUGAUUACUACGUUUUUCCAAUUUCCUUCAGGCUGAUAAGAGAUGAACGUGUCUCCAUCCUGUAUUUCUAAAAUUCUUUUCAUUGUUUACGAUCGCGAGCGUGAAAGAUAAAGAGAUGCUAGUGCGCUAUCUCUUUUUAGAUCAAUUCUCAAAGGCUUCCUUUCCAGUAGAAUUCUACCUCUUUCAUAGAGAAGAACCACUUAGUUGCUGAUUGCAAUCUACCAUUCAAGGUCAUUCAAAUGAAAGCUCUCUGAAAGUAUUACCAUGCACUGUAUGCCUACCUCCUUCCUCGCCCCGAGGUCCGACCCCUUACAUUUUAGAUACCCUUUUUGACAGAAUCGGUAACCCUUUCAGGCGUAGCCUUUAUGUAUAGGCCUGUAGAAGUACGGCUUGGAUGCCAGCGUUGCGUGUUAUUUCUUACAUUGAUUUCAUUAAUUCGAUUUACAGCCUGUAAAUUUUUUGCGCACUGGAUCUGUGUCUUGUAAAUCAAAACAACAAAUUGGCAAGCUUCAUGAUUUAUACGGAUUAAAUUCUAAUCAUCAUAUUACGGACCCGUAGUCAAAAGGCGAUUGAAUACGCCCGUCGAUUUCCACAAAGUUGGUUUUAAAACCGAAAAAAAAGUUUGAAGCACUGCUUCUCGCCUGCGUGAAAACCGGUAUACGCACCUUCUAAACCAUUAGUAUGGUUGGGGUAUAAAGUGUUUGCGACGCAGGCAGGCUACAGUGCUUAAUACCGUUUGCAUUUUUCAAGCUGUAAAUUUUUGCCAUCUGGAAAACUGCAGUUAUUCAGGAUAUGUGAUAUCAGUUUGGAUCUUGUAACAAAAGCGAGUCAGGUGAAAGGUAAUCGGUCAACUGGCGUCUCUUUAUUUCAAGGUUAAAACAAUAUCCAAUUGUUUGCGCGCGGUAGGUACAAUUGUAUAAGCCACUUACGAAUGACGCAAAUAAGAUCAACUACUAUGUCAGUGAUGGAAUAUGACCAUAAAACUAACAGAUCACUCUUCAAGGAUCAGUUAAUGCUCCUCUUCGGCAAGAGCAGAUCACGCUGAAGUCUGUCUUGUAAAACUUUAUUAGAGAUGGCUUCAACCCUGGGAACAAAAUCAUGGGGUGCAGGAAAGGAGUUUUGGGGCUUAGAUUGGUUUUACGAUCCCCAGUGGCUCUUGGACGAUGAACAAAGACAAAUCCAAGCAAAAUUGGUAGAGAUUUGUAGGACUGUGAUCAGACCGAACGCUGUAAGUAUUACUAGGUUUUUUAGGUCCGCCAAGAAGAAUUUAAAUAAAAUGGGUCAUGAUACAAGCAGGAGACAGCUGGUAUUCCUGCAUACUCCCCGAUUGUGUCCAUAGAAACGGAUUGGCUAGCUUUAGUUAAAGUUGCAGAUACAAUUUGAUUCGUCCUUCGUAUACGGAUGUAGCCUAGUCGGCCGGUUCAGACCACCGUUGACCAUUCUUCGAUCGAACUUACUCUCAGCAACAUUCCUCUUAUGUUACCAUGUCGUCCCUCAGUUUUCGAUCUUCAAUGCAUGUAUUGUGCAAGCUGUCAAAAUAUCGGUCCUGUGUAGCCUAAGUCAAACUUUUCCCGCGUUUUGAACCUUGGCAAAAUUUCGCGUAUGCGUACAAAACAAAGAAAGAUAGAAAAUAGCAAGUGAUAUCCAGCUGACAAUUACGAUUUACAUUGUGUUCUCAAAAAAACGUCCAGAAACAAAAAUAAAGAAACAUUAUUAGGUGCCUAAAAUUUAACGAAAUAACGGUUCAAAAAGCAAAAUGCUUGGAGAAUGUUAACGGAAAAGAUGGUGAAAACUCAGCCUUUUGCAAUACGAGAAGGCUCUCUUUGGAUUAAAUUAGUUGGCCAGGAUUGUUUAUUGUUAGGGAGUUUUAGGUUAUUUUUUAUUUCUAUAUUCAGUAGUAUGUAUCUGGCAUGGGGGGCAGGGCUGAUCGCGUCCAUCUGUGCUACUAUCCGUUGUUAGCAUGUUCGGUUGCUUAAGUGAGGCCAACGUGUUUAUCGUGUUAACGUUCAAACUUAAUCAUUGGAUAUCCAGGAUACGAUGAACACCGAUGGUGAUGAUAACUUCGCGCGAAGAGAGAUGCGUGGCGGGAGGCCGGAUAGUGGUACUCUAAACACCAAGUGCUCUCCAAACUCACGUAGCCCGCGAACAGCAGAGAAAUUUCCGGUCGUCGCUUCUCUCCCUCCGAAAUUUUUCGGAGGGAGAGAAGCGACGGCCGGAAAUGCGUCUGCUGUUCGCAGGCUAAACGCACGCCGAAAAUUCACAAUUACAUGACUAACUAGCUAAAAGUAGCAAAGGAUACCAUGUCGAGUAUGAAGAUUUCAAAUGUCAUCCCAGUUAACUUUAAAAAACUGGACUCAAGUUUUUAUUUUUAUUUCGUCGAGAUCUAGAAAACUUCCCGAUUAUCCAGAUUUAAAAAGCUAAAAUAACCUAGCGAUUUAUCGGCUCCAAGUCGGUUUAAAUCUCGGUUUUACCGCCCUUUUUCAAGCAACAUUACAUCAAGUGAAACCAAGUGUUUGACUUUUUUUUUUUGCUGUCAUUGCCAUAAUUAAGAAAUAAUAUUUCAGUUGCUUCUAUUUUAGUGGCUCAAAUUUGGCAUACAGGUCAACAGCAACAUUUUUUACGGAUGGAAUGAUCACACGUUAAGGCAUUUUAUCAACAAAAUUCACUGUGAAAAGUCUGAACUAUUUUCUGCGCUGUGAAAGGUUCAGGGUUACAGUGCACGCCGUAAGCUAUACUUGCACGUUCUUUCGAGUGCCUCCUUCGGCUUAGAACUUCCAAGAGGCUUUAGACAAUGCGUCCACCAGCCUGGAUGUCUAGACGCAACUGAGCUUAAAAUCUGACAUAGGAUAAAGGGACCUUUCAACUCUCCACUUAGUGAACACAGGUGAAGUGCGUGCCGUAAUCCUCUCAACAUUUCAGAAAUUUACAGACAAUAAUCUAUUCAUCCUUUCUUCGAGAAUUCUCGGCCACCAGAACAGAUCACUUAAAAAUAGGCCAGUGAAUUUCCACGUUGCCCCAAGCCUCUGUUUCAAGGCGAGGAUAAGUGCGAUACCAUAAUGAUUUUUUAUUCUUUAGCAAAAAGGACUCAUUUUUCACUUAACCUUGUUUUGAAAGAGAGACUUUUUGGAACUCUGAAAUGUCCUCUUCUUCUUAGGGAAGUUACGGAAAUGAUUAAAUGUGAUUGUCGAUUAUAGAGCGGUUUUCACUUGACUGUCGUAAAACCAAAACCAAAGUAAAUACACUAGCCAACCAAAGGGCGUAGUAAAACCAAAACCAAAACCAAAACCAAUCCCUUUCGACAGUCAAGUGAAAACCGCUCUAUAUACUACGUGCAAAACUCAGUAUGUAAUUAGUUGUCAGCCACAAAUCCCGUGGCCUGUAGUAUCUCGCUUAUGACGUUUGUGUACUGUUUUCAAGUUUGAUGACAUAUUAGCUAAUUUAAGAGUAUCAACUCUCAGGAAAGAUUUAGGUAAUGCCAAGCAGAAGUCUCUUCUGACUUCGUGAGUUUUUCGCUGCGGGACAGGAAAUCAUCAGCGCUAUCAAAGAAAUGUUUUUCCAUAUAUUGCGUCUGUUUAAACGUGAAAAAAAAAACACAUUUGGCGAACAUUUGUGACACCGACAAGCAUGUGAAUUCUACCGAAUGGAUCUACAAAACCAAAGAGGGACUGAAAUUUCCUGCCUUUCGAAAAAUUAAGGAUUAAAUUAACUGCAAAAACCGUGGACGAAGAUCCUGCUAGUUGUAAACCUUGGAUCUCUAGAAAAGAGAUCUAAUCAGCCAAAAUAUAAAGAACCAAAAACGAGAAGUCCAAAGACUACUGCAAAGCUGAUUCAGAACAACGUGUAUUGUUUCUUCAUAACAAUAUUUCAAUCAAUCAAUCAAUCAAUCAAUCAUUUAUUUUAACACGUUUCGUCAAAGAGCUAAAAAAACUCGUUCAAAAUACGAACGUGUAUAAAUAAAAUCUAUAAUAACUACAGCUAUAUAAUAUUAUUCAGUUUUAAAAACAACUCAAUAAAUAUAUACAUAUAAAAAACUUGGUAAUAAAAACAUAAAAUAUAAAAAGCUAAAACCGACUAAAAAGUCACAUACUAAAAACGUGACUAGGAAAACUAUAAUACUCGUUCUAAAACAGUUAAAGGCUACAAUCGUGCACUAUAAGACGCGUUCUAAAAAGCUGCAGUCGUGCAAUUUACUUCUGAAGUCAUUAGCAUCUCUUGAAAGACGCACUUGAGAAGGCAAACUGUUCCAUAACUUAGCUAAUGAAUAAGUCAAAGAAUUCUUCUUAAAUUUAAGAUUAAAGUUAGGUAAUUCCAAAUUCAAGCCCUCGCCUCUUAGCCUAUACGGUGUAUGCCUGUAUUUAAAAAGGCUUCCAAUAUAAGUAGGUCCCGUACCAUUUAAGCAGUUAAAAAGAAGUAUUAACGCCUGGUGUAAGCGCCUACAAUAUAAGGAUUUCAUGCUAGCCGUAGUGAGCAGCUCGUCGUAUGACAUUGACUUGUUGUGCCCGAUUAAUGUUCUCAAAGUAUAACAACGGCUAGCCAUACCAGCCUUCUUCAGGUUUACGGAUGUUACUGAACUUAUGUAGGCAUCAAAAUAUUUUAUAGAUGGAGAAUGUCGCAAUAAAGAUUGUUUAAAAGGGAGAGGCGGAAAUGAAGUACAACACACUGCUGGAUAGGAAAAAUACUAAGGAUAUGGAUUACAAUAAUUCGUCACGGCGGUUUAGGCCAUGAGGUUCAAGAGUCAUGGCCUUAUCAAUCAAAUGCGACUCCCUGGCCUUACGAACUGAGUCACGUGAAGAAUGAAUUUUCCCUAGUGGGAUUACCUGCAUGUCAGUAUGAGAAUGGUUAGAGUGAGAGAGAAAGUGUUCAGAAACAGUAGCGGGUUUAGAUUUAAUGUUAGUUUUGUCGACUGCACGUCUGUGUUCGUUAAAUCUGUCCUUGAGACGUCGCUUAGUUUCACCUAUAUAUUGUAAAUUGCAACGGUUACAUUGAACCAUGUAGAUCACGUUUUUAGUGUUACAAGCAAUUUGUGAAGUGAUGGAGCGUGUUUCACCUGUAGCGUAAAAGGUAUAACUUGUGAGGCCGUUAGUAACGUAUGGACAAGCGGCCAAUUUUUCUCCACAGCGAAAGAAGCCUGGCGGAAAAUGAUUGUUGGAGAUAACGGGUAAUUGUGCUUUAACUAAAAGGUCACGAAGAUUAGGGUUAACAACUAAAACUUCCAAACCCCGUUUCCAAAACGAAGAUUAAGAAUGUUAAUCAGAAGAACCUCUGAACUGGAAUUUAUUUCUGCAGAUUAUCUGCGACGAAACUUAUGAGUUUCCAAGAAAGAGCAUGGAUGCCUUGGCAUCGCUCGGCCUUCUGGGACUUAUCGUACCUAAAGAACUUGGUGGCCUGGGUCAGAAUCACGUGUGUGCCGCCAUGGUGGUGGAAACUAUCGCCAGAUAUGGCUGCCCAAGUACCGCCAUGAUUUAUGGUGAGUUAGUAUUGUUGCAAAUGUAUUCUGGGGCUCCUAUAGCGGCCUGAAUUAAACAAAUACAAAAAAGGCCACCGGAAAUUGUACUUUGAAGCUUUCAGUCACAUGGUCACACUGUAGCAUUUCACUUACAAACUCAUCUGUAAGAACUCCCCUGAGCAAAAUACUGGAACAAAGGACUUUGUCACUGAACUAGUCACAUCAACGCAAAAGCCGAGACUCCAAAACAAGAACAACGAGCUUCAACUCAAUAGCUGAAAAAAUUGGCUGAAAAAUUGAAUUUGCUUUAAAUUCAUUUUGAAGCAGAUUAAGGACAACAAAAAGAUGGGAGAAAGAUAAGAGUGUACAAAUCAAAGUUAAUUGUGGCAGAGUAUUCACAGAGUGGUACUGAAAUAGUAGUUGCCAAAUGGUCAAAGCGAAUUAUUUAGUGACAACUUUGGAGUGAGUCGUUGAUGACCCUGCCCUUUCACCAGUAUUUUCGGAACUUCGAGGACUGUACAAAUCUGUGAAUGUUUUCAGUCUUAAUCUUAAAAAUCCCAGAAGUUCUAUUCUAAUAAUUUCAUCUCUGUUUUCAGUGAUGCACCUAGGCGCAGUCGCAGCGAUGCUUUUCCGCCAUCAUGACAACAAGACUCUCCAAGAUUUACUGAAGCGGCUUGACAAGGACACUUUAAUUGGAACUUUGGUUUUCAGCGAUCCCGCUACAGGUAAAUGUACUUAAUAGGCCAUUCAAGUCGAGUUCCAAAAAUCUAACUUCCUAAACGAGACGAGACUUACUUCAAAACCUUUCUUAUGAAAAUCUUCUUCUUCUUCUUCUUCUUCUUCUUCUUCUUCUUCUUCUUCUUCUUCUUCUUCUUCUUCUUCUUCUUCUUCUUCUUCUUCUUCUUCUUCUUCUUCUUCUUCUUCUUCUUCUUCGCCUAGCCUUGGCGCUUAACUCUUACAAUUAAGGCAAGAGCUAAAAGUGGCUUAAACACAUACCACCUUGAGGAGAACUUUAAGCAGAUAAAAAGAUAGAGAGCCAUUGAAAGUAACAAUUGAUAGUAAACUAAAAAAAAAGAUAAAAUAAGCAGAAAACGACUGGCAAAGCAACGGACGUUCCCUUCACAGUUUCUGGUGAACCAAGCAAAAUGUAAACAAAGUUCCCUAAAAAUGUUAUUUCUCCCUCACAGGUGGGCACAACUGGUUUCCAUUCUCCUCCAAGGCCAAGAGGCUUGAUGACGGCACCAUUCAAGUGUUACGUUAUGGGGCCUGGGUAACAAGUGGAGGUUUUGCAGACUUCUACGUGGUUGAAUGCACAAGCCCGUCGUUUGCUGGCGACUUCAUGAAUCUCAGUCUGUUUCUUAUGUUCAAGGUAUAAGCAAUAUCAAGUAAUACUUAAAACCCUAAGUACAUUCGAUCCAAAACAUUUCUCCUUGUCCUUCUUCUAUGGUACGGAUGAUGACAGUUUAUUUUCUAAUUAAAAUGUAUAUUUGGUCAUCAUUUUUCUUGAUUCUCAAGACCCUUGUAUUUGAUUAAGCAGUGAUCUUAUGACAAGACAGUUACUCGACACAUUAAUUCCUUAGCUGCGUACUUUGAGCCCCUGAGAAACCUCUGACUGCACAGGAGCCGUUUAGUAAAAGAGCAAAUUCUACGUGCUUUCUGAACAGACUAAUACGAACAUGAUGGCUUAUUGGCGGAAUGUGCUUAUUUCACAGGACCAGGUUCGUUCCAGUACCGAUGAGUGGUCAGCACUUGGCAUGCGCGGUAACCAUUCCAGCCCUGUUGUGUGUGAAGGAGUUCUGUCUGCAGACAGGCUUGUUGGGUCAUUUGGUCAGUUAGAGUUAACUUCACGUCAUAAAUGUAGUGAAAUAUUAACAAAGUAGAAGAAGAACUUCAGUGGGAUCCUUCAAGAGAGAAAUUAAAACCAUUGCGUUGAUCGCUACACUUUCCUGGGGUUCUACUUAUAAAGCUUUCCAAAGUGGUCAUGCCUUUUUAAAUGGACAGGAAAGCUAAGGAGUGCGCUGGCCUGCGAAUGGACUGGAGACAUAUUAUAUAGUUGGUUUAAACGGAGCUUGGUCCAUUAUAUCAGGAUCCACGAUGUUCUAUACCAUUUUAUCAUAGCUGCGACAAGACUAUUUGUUUUUGUCAAGGCUUCCUUGUAGUGAAAUCUACGAAGUGGGGAUGGCGCCUGGGAGGACAAAGAGCAGGAGGGGUAAGGGAGGAAGAGGAAGAACUAGAACGGUGGAGAGCGUAGGGAAAUUGGGGAAAUUACGCAACAAUGCUUAAUACUCGCACAUAAAAAAAGGAUGAAAGAGAUGAAGCCGAGAAAAAUGGGGCUGAAGGUGGGAGAUUUGGACCCUCCUGCUUCCCCCCAACUCACUCCUACUUUUUUAAGUAGGAGCUUCACUACUUACCCAUUUUUAAAACAAAACAAUGAACGGGAGUUUUAAAUUCUUCAACAGGUGAAUUUCCCUUGGCUGCUCAUGAAGUCAUUGACCCAUACUUCCUGCUAUACUCCUCGGCCUGUUGGAACGGUUUAGCAUUGGGUACCAUUGAUGUCGCUAAAAAACACGUGACCAGAACAGAACAUGCUGAUUCAGGCCUGCGCGUGGCCGAUUAUCCAAUUAUACAGGUAAGAGAUCAUGUGCUCUUCCCAAUGCUUGUCCAAUCUGUCCAAUCCCUUUUGAGUAAUUUUUGAUUAGCUCUGCACUUUUAUUUGCUGCGAGUUUGAAGGAGACCACGACAAUUUGUAGAAGCAAACUAACUUUCUAUAACACUUCAAGGGUCAGAAGCACUACCCAGAUCUGAGUAGUGACGCGUAAUCAGUAUGAAAUUUCUGCGCUCGUUUCUCCCACGUCAUUUCGCGGGAAAACAAACCGUGGCGUUGCGCAACGUCGGCUGUUUUCUCAAGCUUGCCGAAAACUGCAUAAUAAAAAAAAAAACGAAUAGCACUGCUCGAUAGCUGAACUCAAAAGCUACAUAUAUAGGACCAUCUUGACCAGCUUGAUCAACGAUACCAACUGAAAGUAUUGCUCUUUUAGUGGUGCACUUGAAAUCUCCGCGCCACAUUCUCGAACCAUCCGUCGUAAGAGCAAAACCUAUCUACGGCACAACUAGAAGUCCAGGGAAGAUCACAGGUUUUGAAGUUUAAUUUUGAUUGAAUUCACUCCCUUUCUUUGUGUUUUAUUUUAGGAUUAUUUCGGUAAAGCCAUCACUGAAACAAACAGCUCGCGGUUGAUGCUUUUUAACGUGGCGAAGGGAAUGGAUGGGGUUACUAACAACAACGACUGGUCUAUUUACAAAGAACCCAUGACAGCACCGUGGUAAGUAGUGCAUCAUUACAACAAGUCAACAAAUCGCUUUCUCAGCUGACACUUAAUCAUAUAAUCUCACGACAAUUGCAACCAAAUCAGGACAAGAAAAUUUCCGAGGCAAUCUUAGCCAAGCAUGGGUGAGCUUCGAUAACUAUGAAUCGUGAAGAUUUGGGUCCCGUAGAAAAGCUCCGAGCGUCUUCGAGUAACUUUUCACAGAGAUCGAGAGUUGUCAGCUAAUUAGUUAUUAAUCCUUGCAAGUUUUUACAAAUCUCUGCAAUAGCCCGUCUAAACUUUGCAACGUUUUAACGUUGUCUUCUCCCCCCAGCGCGAAUUAGCGGAUUAGUUUCAUUUGCAGUAACAUCGAAAUAAUAAAUGAGAGGGGUGGCGAGGGGGGGGGGGGGCGGGGGGGGGGGUUGUUUACCUCCUUAUACGGUGAGGGGGGGGGGACGAGGUUACUACGUUUUUCUAUACGUCAAGAUAACUGGGAGGGGGAAAAGCGGGUUCCAGCCGACCUUAAGACAUCCAUGGUGCCCGUUUGCGGUCGCUGUCAACAAUUAACAAAAUAGGUCCGUUAGGUAAUUUCCACUUACAGCCAUUUUUGCUCGUUAUCUGGACCACGAUAGGGAAAUUAUGAGUGUGGCGGUAGGUUGUCAGUUUUUUUGUUUUUAUUCCUAUGACUUUUUAAACCAGUUCCGGAGCACGCCGAUGUUACUUGCCGAGUUUUUGGCUGGUCGUUCCCCCCCCCGGGAGAAUUGGGGGGUUUGGUUCUUUGGGGAAAAAAAGAAAAAAAGAAGGGGGGGGGGGGGGGGGGGGGGGGGGGGGGGGGGGGUGGGGUUGUUUGACUACUAGUGAUUUGAAGUGGGGAGGCCGAGGAUACUCUUCUCUUAUAUAAGUCAUUAUAAUUUGGAGAGGAAAUAGGGGGCUUCCGCCGUCCUGUAAAUAUCCAUCGAGAUGGUUUGCUGUCGUUGUCAGCUAUUAACAAGAUAUGCGUGUUAAGUAAUGUACACUUAAAUCUUUUUAUGCUCGUUAACUGGAACAAGGAAGGGCGCCUGAUCACAACUGAUCGCAGUUUUGUCUACUUUUCUUUGCUUGGUCUUUUAACACUUUGCAUCUCUCUUGUCUCUCCUUCUUAUCUUUUCUUAUAGUCGAGGUCAGUUUCAUCACUGGUGUUUUCAAGUCAAAAUAAAAGCUGCCGCAAAUGUAUCGUACGUCGCAGAUGAGAUGUUGCAUGCCUGUGGAGGAGUUGGUUAUAAGAAAGAACUUGGUAAGUCUGUCAGGCUUAGAAGCUCUUUUUCGGAUCUUCUUCGUAAAUCUUCGAACAUGGUCGGAAAUCUUCGGAAACUUUGAAAAACGAUUGAAGAUGUCUAGAUUUACUUCGGACAGUGUUCUUUAGGGCUUAUCAAGCUGACGGAAGUUAGAUCUUUGGAAAAUAGCGAAGCCAAUCGUUGUGGUUCAAGAUAAAACCAAGUACAAAAAAAUACAUAAUGGACUGUUGUUCAAGUGUAGUUCUGUGCUGUGCGGUUAGAAAGAUCCGAGGUAGUAGAUUCUUUUACGAUUUCUUAAGCUCGCGUAAUUUUAACGUGUGAAAUGUUCCUUUACAGGUUUGGAGCGUUUGCUACGCGACAGCAAAGCAGGAUGGUUAAUGGGGGCCAGCAAUGAGGUGCUGAGACAGAUUGUAGGAAAAACGAGCCUGUUUGGUCUUAAUGCGAUAGAUUUUUGGUAAGAAAAGAAUCCAGGAAACAUGCACUUUCUUUUGCACCUUCCGAAGCCUAAGUCAGCCCAUUAUAAUUCUGUCUCGUUUAAGUACUUGAUAUCACACAGAAUUAAAAAGCUAAAGCACCUUGUUCUGUGGCGCAACUUAGUAUCUCCCAUUUGGGAUUCUAUCUACAGACGCAAAUGUUAGAGCCACCUUGUAGAGCAUUUUAGGGACCUUAAGGUCCGAAGACGGCGACACGAACAUCAAAAAAGCAAUAGGUUUAGUAACCAAAACAAUAAUUUUGCACUUGCAUCACGCUUUCUUGUACAUUACUUUGCCGUCACUGCACGACUACGACGUGAAAAUGCCCAAUUUUACGUCGUACAGAGGACGUAGGCAAGCGGCGACGAAAUUUCCUCUCUCUAUCUGAACUUUGAUAUGGUUCUUAGGAUUUCAACCUUGGUAGGGUUCACCUACAUUUGACAAGGUUAGCGACUUGGAGUAAUCGCGGUGAAGAUUGAAAGAACGCGAAUUUACUUUUUUCGCGACGUUUCCGCUGCCGUCGCUGUCCUCGGAUCUUAAGAAACCACAGGAGAGUACUGCACGAAAACGUUUAUUUAAAUGGUCACAAUUUGGGAUUUCAUUCACAGAUUCAAAAGGAGUAAAGCCACCUUGGAAGUGUAAUAAACAAAAGCACAUGUAGGACUAUUUAGUGGCUUUUAGCUGAAUGGUCGCAUUUUUAGAAUCCCGUCAACCACCUAAUGAAAAGACUGCUAAGUUUUACCUUCAACUGAUUUGUCGGUUCACUGUACUCAGAACUGAGAUACUGAACAAAACCACAUGUAGGAACAAACUACUUAUUUUCAACGCCUUUCAACAAUUUUAUCUCUCAAAUCUCCUUUUAGGUGCAAAGUUUCUGAUGACCGCGUCCUUAACUUGGAGCUAAAGAAGCUAAGUGGAGACGCAAAGCGAGAGCUGGCCAAGAAACUGCUUGCAGAGGCAGAAAUUGAAAAUGCAAACGUGAAAAACCACACCCAUCACUCGUACCAGGACUCGGAGUUUGAUAACCCAUUCAACACCAGUCCUCCAGCGACCCUUAAAUCUCUGGAUUCUACUAAUGGGUUUAAACUUAAACAGAAAACGUGUCUUAAAGCGGAUGAGUUCAUCGCUUUAAAACUACUUUCCGUUCAACCUCUGGCUGAAAUGGUUGCAGAGUACACCUUUGCGUUGCCCCAGGCCUCUGACCUUACGGGAUGCUUUCCUGGUCAGUACGUUCGAGUGAGACUGGGCAAAAAUCAGCGGUUUCUCUCACCAGUGUCACGCGCUAAGGAACCUGGAAAGAUUUCACUGUUGCUGAAGCUUGAAACACACGGAAUGUUCUCGAACUCAAUGCGCUGUCUCGAAGUCGGUAAGAAUUGUAUGAUCGAACAUUCACCGUCAUAAGGCGUCGCUAAUUGUAGUUCUGCCUAAUGCUUGCUAUACUCCAAAAGUAAUACUGCUCAAUAGCUUUUUGUUUGAGUUGUCACAUCACAUUGCAGAAUUUUUUUGACAAAAAUGAAUUUCAUUUCAGAGCCAUCUUGACUUAUUAGGGUUUUCCUUCUGAGAAGUUUCACUGUUUUAAAGGCUGGAACUACUUUGUAUAGCAUCAAACAGCACAAUAAAAAAAAUGCAAAAAAGCGUUCAUUUAACGUAACAGUCAUGGUAUUUUCUUUUGGUAGGAACUUACAGUUUGACCAAAUGUGUCAUCGUGCACAUUUUCCAAGAAAAAAACAUAAAUUACCAUGACAUGCUUUUUACCACUUUUUACUUUAACCCUUUAAGCACUAAGGAUGAUCAGCAUGAAAUUUCUCCUUAUAAUAUCAAUGCUUUAGAGAACGGAUUGGUCAUGAGAAUUGAGCACAUGAUCAGGGAAGAUGAGUCUAAUUGAUAUUUCAACAAUUUCUCCCCACCACUUGUUUGUUGUAUCUCUUCCUGGUCGUCGAAUAUCAGAUAUAACUCUCAGUUUUAUGCUGAUAUAUCACCUCCGGUGUGCGGGAUAUUAUGUCUACAUACUUUCACUUCUUUGUUUUCAUCACUACAUGGUAUUUGAAUAUCAGACGAAACAUUCGUUAUCGCGUUGAUAUAUAAUGCUUGGGUAUCAUUUUAAUAAAUUUUCUCUUGUGUUUGUUUUAUCACUACGUACAUAACGGUGUAAGAUAUCUCAUGUUUGAUUUAUUACAGAAAGUUCUAACGAUAUUAUUUCCUCAUUUACCAGGUGAUACUGCAGACUUCUCCGGCCCUUGCGGUGGAUACGAAUACGUACACAACUCAACCAAAAACCUGACCUUGUUGGCAACCGGUAUGUCAUGCCAGCCUGCAGUCCAAAUCGUGCGAGAAAUAGUGGCUGAUCCGACUGAUAAAACCUCUGUAGUUCUCCUGAUCUACGCUGAAAAACCAGACGGUAUUCCCUACCAACAAGAAUUAAAGAAGUAUGCCAAGUACGACAAGCGAUUGAAAUUGUCGUUUACCGUCAGCGAGGUUGACCGCGAUGACUGGGAGGGAGGGCAGGGCUAUAUUGAUUCCAAGCUGCUAUCCAGUUCCCUCCCUCCACCAGAAGAAUCUAGUCAUCGGGUGAUAGUAUGUGGAGGUCCUCGAAUGGUCAUGGGUGUGCUCCAGGGGAUGAGGAAGCUGGGUUACUCAAGUGACAAGAUCUUUGUGUACGGACAGUUCGGUGUCCAGCAGAUUAAAGCAGUAUAUGGAAAGUUUUCAAAGUUAGCGCAGCACAGGGAGACCAACGACAGAGCAAAUCAUCAACAGGCAUGA